AUGAAUAUAGCCGAUCUCAUACCAAUCGAUCUUUCGAACGAUCGCGAAUAUCCGACCGUGUGCAGUUCGCCGCUGGUCACUGGAAGCGAUGUAGCUCACCGGUCGAUCGAUGUUCCGUCCUCCAUCAGCUACAUCCACGUUCCUACGCCCACGUUCGCCACGUUCGCUGCACCAGUGCCCGCCACACUGCCGGCGAUCUUUCCCUCGACAACGUUCGAACGACGCUAUCCGACGAGACGCACCACGAAUCUAGGCGCUGCGACCACCACACUCUACUCCCUACCGAUAGCUUCGCCCCCCGUGCAGGUGCUAGCCUCCGGCCAUGGUGACAAUGGUGACCCGAGUGGGAUCACCAUUCCGGUCAGCGUGCUUAAGCUGACGCCGCCGCGAUCUUCACCGCCUGCCACGUUGCUGCAGGCAAACGAUGUGCACCGUCCGGCGACGCCAGUGUUUGCGAUGGAUUUUACCAGAAUCAGCAGUACCGGGAUGGGGGACGAAAGUGACCGGCUGGUGAAGAACGUGGUGCUAUCGUUUGCCAGCACCAGCACGAAGGAACCGGACCACACCUCGACGGAGGGGGGGUUCUCUUCCGGUGGUCAAAGUCUAACGACCAUGACGACGCCUUCGUCCAACUCCUCCACCUCGUCCGUUGCCGAUGUGCUGAACCAGUGCGACGUUACCCUCUGGAGAAAGCGAGCCCUGGAGAUCGAGAAAGAUUACAAAAAAUCCGCAUGCGAUCGCGAACGGACGAGGAUGCGCGAUAUGAACCGUGCGUUCGAUAUGCUGCGCUCGAAGCUACCCAACAAGAAACCGUCCGGCAAGAAGUACUCCAAGAUCGAGUGUUUAAGGGUGGCAAUACAGUACAUAAGACAUUUGCGGCGAGAACUCGAAUAUCCUACCACACCGUCGCCGGAACCGCACGAGUACACGUACGAGGUGGUCACCCCGUACAAUCACAUCCCACCGCCGUCGGGUGCCUACGUUGGGCUGGACACGAACAACAACAGUCUGCCGAUCGUUUCGGCCCAUUCCUUUACCGUCGUCACACCACCGAGACCUGCGGCCCCGCAGCCCAUCAUGCCGGCGAUGCCCACCCCACAGCCACCGGUUCCACCGCCCGUGGCCCACAACCAUCAGUGGUACAUAGCGAACAGUGCCGAUGGGUACAGCUACUACUAUCUUCCGUAG